UCUUACUGAAAUUCCAUCAACAAAAAAACCUUAUAACAAGGUUUAAGUCAACAUGAAAAUGUGUCGUUUAUUUCUUCAACUAUUCCUUGGUUUAAUUCUCCUACCGGGCCUUGCUAAACCAGACCCUGACCCACUUCAAGAUUACUGCAUUGCAGACACUAAAUCCCCUUUGUACCUCAAUGGUGCACCCUGUCUUAACCCAACUCUGGCUCUUUCCUCCCACUUCACCACCUCGGCUCUAGCCAAACCCGGUGACACCAAGGCUAACCAAUUCGGCUUCAGUGUCACCCUAACCACCCUUGCAAAUUUGCCUGGAAUUAACACCAUGGGCCUCACCAUGGCCCGUGUCGACAUAGCAGCUAACGGCCUUGUUCCGCCCCAUUCCCACCCUCGGGCCUCCGAAGUCACCAUUUGUCUUCAGGGUGUUAUCCUUGUGGGCUUUGUGGAUACCUCUAACCGCUUAUUCACUCAAAAACUUGAGCCCGGUGACGCCUUCGUUUUCCCCAGAGGACUCAUCCAUUUUCUGUACAACAUGGAGCCAAAGAAGCCUGCUUUGGCUAUCUCUGGGCUCAGCAGCCAAAACCCAGGCGCACAAAUAGCUUCAAGGGCCGCUUUCGUGUCCAAUCCACCCAUUCCCGAAGUUGUUUUGGAAAAGGCAUUUCAAAUCAGCCCAGAGGACGUUGCCAAGAUACGCAAAAACCUUGGCGGCUGACCUAUGUGAUUGUGUGUUUUUCAUUUCUUUUUCUUUUUUUGAAAUGGGAUCGUUGCAUAUUAUUAUUUGAUUCUUGCCUUCGAACAUGAUGUAGGAAAAAAAUGGUAGUUCAAGUCUUUAUUCACAUAAAAUAGACCUUCCAACGGUCGUAUAAUUGUGUAUUAUUAUUAACAUUAUUAGUUUAUUUUUAAAAUAAAAUAAUCAAGCAGGUGUGAAUUAUUUGUUAA